AUGCUCUCGGGGAUCCUGAUAUUUAACCAGAAGGGCGAGAACCUCAUCUUCCGCGCUUUCCGUAGUGACUGCCGCCCCCGCCUGGCUGAUAUCUUUCGCAUCCAAGUCAUCUCCAACCCGCAGGUCCGCUCCCCGAUCCUGACACUGGGCUCAACCACCUUCAGCCAUGUCAAGCACGAGAAUAUCUACCUGGUCGCUGUGACCAAGAGCAACUCCAAUGCUGCUCUGGUCUUCGAAUUCCUCUACCGGCUUAUCAUGCUGGGCAAGAGCUAUUUUGGCAAGUUGGACGAGGAGGCCGUCAAGAACAACUUUGUGUUGAUUUACGAAUUGCUUGAUGAAAUCCUCGACUUCGGAUACCCCCAAAAUACCGAUCCUGAUACGUUGAAAAUGUAUAUCACCACCGAAGGUGUCAAGUCAGCUAUCGCAAACUCCCCAACAGAUUCUAGUCGGAUUACCAUGCAAGCAACCGGUGCGCAAUCAUGGCGCCGUGCAGAUAUUAAAUACCGCAAGAACGAAGCCUUCGUGGACGUUAUCGAAGAUGUCAACCUCCUGAUGUCAGCGACCGGCACCGUCCUUCGCGCCGACGUGAAUGGCCAGAUCGUCAUGCGAGCAUACCUCACCGGUACACCAGAGUGCAAAUUCGGACUUAACGACCGAUUGCUUCUCGACACCAGCGACACCUCCGGGGCGACCAAGAGCCGUGGCGGUGGUGGAACAUCAGGUGCAGGGAAAGCGACCCGAGCUGCGGCGGGCUCUGUCACGCUGGAGGAUUGUCAAUUCCAUCAAUGCGUGAAGCUCGGCCGGUUUGACGCGGACCGGAUUAUCUCGUUCGUGCCGCCGGACGGCGAGUUCGAGUUGAUGCGGUAUCGUGCAACGGAGAACGUCAACCUUCCCUUCAAGGUACAUCCUAUCGUGCGGGAGAUUGGUACCACCAAGGUUGAGUACAGUGUGGCUAUCAAGGCGAAUUUUAGCGCGAAGCUGUUUGCGACGAAUGUUGUUAUUCGUAUCCCCACUCCGCUUAACACCGCCAAGACUACUGAGCGGACUAGUCAGGGCCGUGCGAAGUAUGAGCCUGAGCAGAACAACAUUGUUUGGAAGAUUCCUCGCUUCUCGGGUCAAGCUGAGUUCGUUCUCAAUGCGGAAGCUACGCUUACUACCAUGACACACCAGAAGGCUUGGAGUCGACCACCGAUUUGCCUUUCUUUCAGUUUGCUUAUGUUUACCUCAUCUGGUCUGCUGGUCCGCUAUCUUAAGGUCUUUGAGAAGAGCAACUACAGCUCUGUCAAAUGGGUGCGCUACAUGACUCGCGCUGGAAGCUAUGAAAUCCGAUUUUGA